AGAAAAAGCAAUUCUAUGGACUCUUUUUGAAGCUAACAAAUGUGACAGCUUCAGCUAACACGCCCCAGCAAAUGAGACAUGCAGUCCGAAAGAUAUCGGGCCCCCCAGACCGGAACAAUCACACCCACUGAGGGUUAGUUUUGCCUUUAUGCUGACAUGUUCCCUGGGGGCGGCCUUGGACUGAUUUUUUGUCUCAGCCGCCCACCAAGAUCUUGUUUGAUCCCCGAGAUGGUUGCAUCCUGCGCCCCGAGAACCAGGUUCUCUCGCCUGUCACCAUCGCCAGACGCGGGUGGUGUGUCUGCCAGCCUUCGUAUUCCAAGCCAUGGAUGGGCUAACGACGCCAUGUUCCACUUGCCCCGGCCUCGAGCAGACAGUAACAGCCGUGUUCCAGGGUGGACAUGUGUUAUCUUGCAAAGUGAUCAUGCUUGCAAGCCAUUGCGGGGUACUGGCAGUGGUUGAUUGACACGAAGCUCGAUGAGAGAUGACGGCCAUGGAUUUCCAGAUCGGAGUACUAUUAUUCGCCCAAGUCCGACCGAUUAUCCAGGAGGCC